AUGGCUGACGCCGGCGAAGAACCCCAUCAUGUGUCGGAGCCCCUCGACCUCGUCAGGCUCCUCCUCAACGAAGUAGUCUUUGUCAAGCUUCGAGGAGACCGUGAACUCAAGGGAAAGCUGCACGCCUAUGAUAGCCAUUGCAAUCUGGUGUUAGGAGAGGUGGAAGAGACCAUCUAUACCGUGGAUGAGGACGAUGAUGACGACGAGCUCAAGACCAUUAGCCGGAAAUCUGAGAUGCUGUUUGUGAGAGGCGAUAGUGUUGUCCUUAUCUCACCUGGAGUUCCAUUUUAA